AUACUCAGUAUACUCAUGCAAAGCUCGAACCAAAAAUCAAACGCGCUCCAAAGUAUCAUUGGUAUAUUCCUCCACUCAUCCCAUACUCCAGCAAAAGUUGUCGACACUCUUUCACGAAUGGGCCUUUCUGUUUCGUUGUAUUUGGUUCAAAGUGCCAUUUGCUCUCUUGCCUCAAAAUCUCAUGAACGACUCACCGCACUUGGACAAACCCUUCUUGCGUUGUAUGCUUACAACAAUUUUGAUGUUGACCUGAAGUCUUAUAUACCGACAGUUGAGCGAUCUAACGAAUCCCUGAAACAUUUGACUUCCGGCUUAGUCUUUCCUCUCCAACACAAUAUUACAUGCGGAGACUUGAAAUGCUCAAAAGACCUCUGGGCUCAAUCCGAGCUCAAUUCUCUCACUAACCAAACUACUCUCUCAUCCAAGAGGUCAUACAAAGAUCUCCUACGCCUUCACUCCGACACUCCUAAUUUACAGGGACUCAAUUCUCAGCAACAAUUCAAUUCUUGGAAGUUCUUACACAAUCUGCGUUAUCAUGGCCCUGAAUACUUUGCCUACUUCCAAUCAAAACUCAAGGAACCAAAACCUAUUGAGUCUAUACCCUUGGUAAAAACUCCAAUCCUUGCAGCACGGGCAAUGUAUAUCAAUAACUUGACAGUUGCAGGGAACAUACGUGCAGUGGAAGCUUUGAUGGGUCAAGGUGGUUUUGAGGAAGAAUCCGAGGAGGCUGUUGAAUUAGAGGAAUAUGUGGUGCUAUUUCAUGGAGACCUUGGAACUGGCGAGAGACUAUAA